UCCUAAAACAGCAAAAGAUGUUCAAAUCCUCUGGGCAUUUAUCAAUGCAUGAAUCACGUGGAGGUCACGUGUUAGAAUCCGCUCAUAUGGAUCGGGUCGAACAGACCCGGAUCUCCCGGGAGCGAUAUCCAUUUUCCUCGCUGCACAGCAGUGCGGGAAACUGCUUUGACUUUUGGAGGAGUCGAGCGCGAAAUGGACCAGAGCAGAGGAACGUCCGAAGACUGCUUUGAAAAAUGGUGGAAUGACGUUUCUCGGUGGUUCGCGAGCUCUUGAUCCGAUUCAAGGCGAUGUUUUCUUUCGAAUUGGACGAUGUCUUUUGACUGCUGACGUCCGGACUGAGGCGAGCAAGUCUCUGGGUCGAAGGAGAUUUGGUUUCCGGUUCGUCUCCUUACGUUUUAUGAAGCUCUUCUCGAGACGCCAUUGCAGUUCCCUACCCUCUCCCGCCGCCAUCAGCGCCGGGAAUUUCACAUCCGAUAACGCUUCCGAAAUCGUCCGACUCUGCAAAUCGAGGGCGCUUCUCGACGCCAUUCGGCUUCUGAACUCCACGGACCCUUCCAGCAUAAGAAAUAAACAUGUCCUCUAUGGUUCCCUCUUGCAGACGUGCGCCACCGCCGUCUCGUUCGACCCGGGUCUCCAAAUCCAUGCCCGUGUGGUCAAGUCCGGCCUCGACGCGGAUGGGUUCGUUGGGAACAGUUUGAUUACACUUUAUUUCAAGUCAAGCUCCAACAUUUCGGAGACCCGGAGAGUUUUCGACGGCUUGUUCGCUAAGGAUGUCAUUUCUUGGACCUCGAUGAUAUCGGGGUAUGUAAAGGUGGGGCAAUGUGAGGAUUCGCUGAAGCUGUUCUGGGAAAUGCUGGGGAGUGGGAUUGAGCCUAAUUGUUUUACUAUAUCCGCGGUCAUCAAGGCGUGCUCAGAGCUCGGUAGAGUGAGGUUGGGUUGGUGCUUUCACGGGGUUGUUUUCAGGUAUGGGUUCGACUCGAAUCGCGUUAUUUCUAGUGCUCUGAUUGACAUGUAUGGAAGGAACUGUUGUUUGAAUGAAGCACGCAGGGUGUUUGAUGAGUUGCUUGAACCAGAUGCUAUUUGUUGGACUUCUGUUAUCUCGGCGUAUACGAGGAAUGAUAUGUAUGAGGAAGCAUUGGAGAGCUUCUAUUACAUGCAAAGGAACCAUUUGAAGCCAGACAACUUCACAUUUGGAAGUGUAUUGACUGCUUGUGGCAAUCUAGGGUGGUUGAAACAGGGCAAACAAGUACAUUCCAAGGCCAUCACUUUUGGUCUUUUUGGACAUGUAGUCGUUGAAAGCAGCCUUGUGGACAUGUAUGGGAAGUGUGGGUCGCUUGAUGAAGCUCAACGUGCUUUCGAUAGGAUGAUCAACAAGAAUUCAGUUUCUCUGUCUGCAUUGCUUGGAGGGUACUGUCAAAGUGGAAAGUUCGAGACAGCAAUUCAGCUCUUCCGUGAGAUGGGUAAUGCUGAUCUCUAUGAUUUUGGAACAAUUAUUCGUGCUUGUGCAGGUUUGGCAGCUGUGAGGCCAGGAAAAGAGGUCCACUGCCAGUAUGUUAGGAGAGUUGGUUGGAGAGAUGUUAUCAUAGAAUCAGCUUUGGUUGAUUUAUAUGCAAAAUGUGGUUGUAUAGAUUUUUCCUACAGAAUAUUUGUGAGUAUGCGUGUCAGAAACUUAAUAACAUGGAACUCAAUGAUCAGUGGCUUUGCUCAGAAUGGAAGAGGUAGAGAAGCUCUUGAAAUAUUUGACGAAAUGACUAAGUUGGGGGUCAGACCUGAUUAUAUUAGCUUUGUUGGGGUUCUCUUUGCCUGUAGUCAAACAGGUUUGGUCGGUGAAGGGCGAAAAUAUUUUACUUUGAUGACUGAAGGGUAUAGGAUCAAAGCAGGAACGGAGCAUUACAAUUGCAUGGUAGAUCUUCUUGGCCGCGCAGGUCUCCUGGAGGAGGCUGAAAAAUUAGUAAAGAAUGCCGAAUAUAGAGAUGAUCCAUCUCUUUGGGAAGUUCUUCUCAGUGCGUGCACCACCAGUACAAACUCUGCUUCUGCAGAGCGCAUUGCAAAGAAAAUUUUGGAGCUGAAACCAGAUCACCACUUGAGUUAUGUUGUUCUGGCAAAUGUUUACAGAUCUGUUGGAAGGUGGAGUGAUGCUUUGCAGAUUAGAAGCCUAAUGUACGAUAGGAAGGUCAAGAAGAUGCCAGCUAUGAGCUGGACGUAGAAUUUAAACCUGCAGUUUUUGGAUUAAUUGUUUACACAUUCACUUAAAGGUGGUAGCAAACAGCCGAAUCCAUUUGGCAGCAGAACAGGGCCACAAGGCCAAUCAACAGUUGUUGACACCAUCAUUGAUCUGCCAGCACAAUCGUCACCACUGCCGUCCUCACCAGCAGCCUGCAACAAUCAUCACCAGAGACUGCUGGAUUUUGCUGUCUCCAGAAUCAGACUGAUUACUGACUAAGCUUUUUGAUGAUUACGUUAGGAAAAAUCCCUGCAGUGUUUUGAGAAUGACAAAACAUUUUAGGUAUACCAUCAUGUGUAACUGAGUGUAGAGAAAAUGCUGCCUUUACAUACAUGGAUCUAUAUGGAGAUGAUGUAAGGGGGGACGUCUAAGAGUAUGGAAGGACGUGCUCUACAGAAGGUGAACAAUGUAUUGGACGUGGAUAUAUUGAUGACUGGACAGACUUUGCAAAUGAUGAACAAGUUGCUGGACAUGAGAUAUGUCAAAUGUCUAGAAGGACCUUGCAAUGUGAACGAACUAGAGGACGUGUGAUCGUCAAAAAGUUUGGAUGGAUCACUAGAAGGUGAACCGACUAGAGGACAUGGCGAUGUCAGUGGGCUCCGAUAGACCUUGCGGAUGGUGAACAAACUAGAGUACAUGUGGUUGUCGAAGAGUUUGGAUAAACCGAGUAGAAGGUAAACGGUCUACAGAACAUAAGUAAACAUGCUUGGAGGCACCUAAACGUAGGAGGAGAACUAGAUUGGUUAUGCAGAAAACCCUGGAUAGACCUCACUGCAGAAGAUGUCCUAGCUACAGACUGUUGAAGAAGCUGAACUGACUAUUUUAGGAAGCUGUUUCCAUGGAGCUGAGAGUGAAGUUUCUACUAUUGCAAACGACAGAACCAACGCUACUCGAGGGAUUUAAAUUUCAUAACGUCACUUGAUGUGUAGUGGCUAUAAAAUCCGACCCAAGAACAGCAGUUUAGUUGGGAAAAAAUGAACAAAAAUCUAGUCUAUGUUCUGAGUGCUUAUCUUCUUGCUAUUCUUGUGUGCAAAAAGCUAUGUAUAUCUGCAUUUAUUUCUACUUAGAGGACUGUGCAUCUA